UUUCAGGAGUGGGCUGUGGAUGCGGUUAUUAUGCCCACACUCCUCCGUCGCUCCGCGCCGAGCUGUCACGCCUCUCCGCUGCAUGGUCCUGCCCGGUGCCGCGCUGACUUGUAGCCGAGUUUGAGUCGCAGCGGCCCGGCGUCUCAAACUCCACCGUCCCCGCCGGUGUGUCUCCUUCUGCUCGCUGAGCCAAAAAUCCUCCAGCUGCUCUCUGGCUCUUUUUUACCCGCUUCAAAGCCGCCAGACCCGCCGUGUACAAGCGGACUACAGAGCUGCUAGAGUGCCGUUGAAGCUACACACGCCGGCUCUUUCUGCUUCUUUUGACGGUAUUUGUGGAAGUCGUUUGUGUUUACCGGGAGAACGGAGGAACCGCAGCACCGGGAAGCAUGAGCGGACGCGGGGACGAGGCUGGGGAGACUUCUGGCUCCCAGGAGCCCGCGGGGGCCGCGGAGCCCCAGAAGAGGAGGCCGGGGAGACCGAGGAAGCCCCCAAAAGAGCCCAGUGGAGAGCCUGUCCCCAAGCGACCGAGGGGCCGCCCCAAAGGAAGUAAGAACAAGGGCCCAUCCAAGGCAGCUCAGAAGAAAGCCGAGGCAACCGGGGAGAAAAGACCUAGGGGGCGACCCAGGAAAUGGCCAGCUCCUCUCUGCCAGAGUUUGGAAGCCAAACUAUUUCGCUACCCUUGGGCUGUCCUGCUGCCCUCCACACAGCUGCCUCUUUGUGUUUGA